GAGGACACGGCGGCCUAUCAAGGUCGAGUAAAAAGCUUGUUUCGUCGUCUCUCACUUUUGUAGCUAUAAUGCAGAUCUUCUAUCCUUUACGCCAAUCGUCGCCGAAUCUCCAACCCCCAUCCCACCUUUUCCUUUCCCGGCGCACCUCCUGUCGCUUGACCAUCGACCGUGACAUUUCUUUUCAGAAUCUGGUAAAAGGGAGAGUCGACCAGCCCCUCCUUUGUGAUUGACAACAGAGAGAGGCGAGAACAAGAGAGGCUUAUAAUAUGAGUUUCGCUUUUCUCUUUCUCUCCCGGUCCUCCUUGCCUCUGUUCUUGCAUACUGAACUCUGGCGGAUCGAGCUACUACAGCAGCAUGUUCCAAUCAACGAAGGAUCUCAACGAUGACCUGCUCGUACCUCCUGUCCCCGAAUCUCCUGCACCAGCCUAUACGGCUCUACCUCAUCGCGAUGUCGACUUCUUCCUUGCACCCUUGUUGAAUGGUCAGAUUGGGGAUAUCGAACUCGAAACGGCCGACGGCAAACGGUUCUUGGUGCACAAAAAGCUGCUCGAACAAGAGACCGUCUUCUUCCACAUCUACUACGGUUUCAUUCCCGUCUGGAGACUCUCCAAUACAUCAGCUGGUCCUCCUCAUCCCAAUAUUCCAGCACAGGCUCCAUCCGCUCUCGGAGGCCUUCUCAACCUGUCCAAAAUAAUCGCUUCUCAUAUACGCGCAUCGAUCGAGGGUGAUGCGCCACCUCACCUGCCGCCCAAAGACCCAGUGACCGCUCCUACGCCAACGACGACACCGUACACCUGGAUGGUCCCGGAGACUUCGACUAUUCUCGCCGCAUUCCUCACCCUCAUCUAUCCUCGUGGCACAUUUGCUACGCCACAUGAGGGAGCUCUCGGAUCCUUGGACAUCACUGGACGAGUCAUUCGCGCUGCUCUAGGCUACCAAUCUGCUAAAGCGCUCAAUGCGGCCAGGGACAGGAUGUACCAUUUCAUCGAAUCUCAACCGCUGGAGACAUAUGCGACGGCGAGCUUUUUCAAAUUCACCGAUCUUGCUCGGUUGGCCUCCAAGUCGGCCGUACGUAUCCCUUCGAGUCAAUGGUCAGCAGAGACGAGGCAACUGAUGGGCAAGCAUGCGGCUGCCAGGCUGGAGAAUCUGCAGCGCGCAAGGCAGGAAGGUUUGGACCAAAUCCUCUCCAAGACUUGCCAUGCGGAUCAGCAUAGCGCAUCCUGUACUCAACGUCCCCAUAUCGAAUCUACAUGGCGGGAAAGAGUUCAAGAGGUUGCCAAAGAUUUGCCAAUCGACAGUGACUUGCUCGAGUUGCUCGAGGUGGACUUGAGAGGAAUCCAAUGUGGGGAUUGUCUCAUGUUGUUAGGCACUACGAUUCGAGAGAGCUUGUAUGAGGCCAGAGAGCUGCCAGUCUGUUGCUAGUAUUAUCAUGCAUCGCGCCAAUCAGGGUCUCGACUUGUGUGAAUGACUCCGUAGCGCGACGUCUGGGCUAAUGCUCCGAUCUCUGGUAUCCGCAUCGCCAGGCAGCAGUGGCUGACGCUCGGGACCCUCUUCGUGAUGCCACCGUCUCCGAUCGAACAGGCGACGUGAGCGCUGAUAGGGUGUGUUGUCGGACGGUGGAGCGGAUCCGUAGAUGAGGGAUUGGCUCAGUAUAGUGAUAUCGAAGAGAAGGGUCCCUCCAGAGCCCAUCAGAUAGCUAAUUAUUCAGCGAAAUUCUACCGCG